GGCAUGCCCAGGGUAGUUAGGUUUGUGUUCUGGGUCCCACUAGUUGAUUAGGUUAGGUGAAGCAAGGAGGAAGCGACAAUAUGGAAUUUCUGCUGAAUAAUUAUAUCUUGUGUCCCACUUUGACCCGCAUUCUGUGAAGCAGUCAGCGAUCCUGUGUGUGACAUGCGGGUCAGACUGCCAGAAAUGCACGGUAUCAAAUGAGUUAGUUGUCUGCUCCAGCCAUGUCUUCUGAAAAGAAAACAUCUAAGAAGGAAGCAGGCUUUGAAGGAAUGGUCAAAGAGCUGAAGCAGCAGCUGACUGAGCAGGUGCGGUGUCUGGACACACGGGCUGACACACAGGCAGCGCUGCUGUUUGAACUACAGGACUUUUUUCGGCGGCGUGCGGACCUGGAGCUGGAGUACAGCAGGAAUCUCGACAAGCUGCACAAGUCGCUCAGCCAACGGCACAAGGAUCUGAAACAGAGACGAGACCAAGCGCACCUCUUCUCGUCGUACAGCUGCUGGCAGCAGCUGAUCCAGCAGACGCGCCACGAGUCGCGUGACCGCGCCACCAUCGGCGACGUCUACUCCACCGUGGUGCCGCAGAAGCUGGCGCGGCUCGGCGACGACCUGCUGCGCGUGCACAAACGGUGCCGUCAAGUCUGCACGGAUUCUCACGAAGAGUUGUUGAAGCUGAUCAAUGAACUCCAGGCAGCUACCAAGACGUACAACAUGUACUACGCACAGUUCAGCACCGCCGAAGGUAAACUUCAGUACGUAGUCAACCAGAAGGCCAAGCUGGAAGUAAAUCUGCCAGAAGAGAAGCUUGAAAAAUCCAGGAAGUUCAGGCUGGUGGAGAAGGAGAUUGUCAAGCGACGCAACAAAUACCAGGACACGCGGCUGCAGGCGCUGCGCGCGCGCAACGACUUCAUCCUCUGCCUGGAGGCGGCCAACGCGGCCGUGCAACACUACUUCGUGGACGACCUGCCGGACGCGUUGGACUGCGCCGACACGGGCGUGCACGCGGCGCUGGGGCGCGCCCUGCUGAUGGCCACCGACGCCCAGGAGGGCACCAUUGACGGCCUGCGGCAGGGCGUGGAGGCGCUGACCAGGGCCGUGUCCGCUCUUGACGCCCGGCUCGACAAGCAGCGCUUCAUCGAAGCCAACAACGCCUCGUUCAUGCUGCCGAAGAAGUUCGAGUUCGUGCCGUAUAAGGGAGAUAUUAUGUCGCGCUACGACGUCGAUCCAGCGAUCCUGGACGAGACGCGGCUGCGCUACGACGCGCUGGGUCGCCGCAUCGAAGCGCUGCGUACGGCCACCGACGAGCAGUGGAAGACGAUGGAGACGGCCGAGCGGUCCCUGCUGGAGAUGGCCGGCACGGCGGAGAUCGACUGCCGCGGCCUCUUCCAGUCGCCCAGCGCGCCGCGGCCCACGGAGACGGCACUGGCCAAGCAGCGUGGCGACCAGCUGGAGACCGGGCAGUUCUACGUGACGAAGUUCGCAGAGUUCGUGGCCGACUCGAACCUGCUAGCGCGGCUGCAGGUGAAGCGCGAGCUGCUGCGCUCGGGGCUGAGCGAGCAUGCGCCCGAGCUGGAGCGGUCCGGUCGCGCCGUCUGCCCGCCGCCGCCGCGCCGUAAGCGGCUGGGCCGCGCGCCGGCCGACGGCCAGCCGCGCCUCUUUGGCGGCAGCCUGUCCGAGUACCUGGAGCAGAGCGGUCAGGACAUCCCGCUGAUCGUGCGCUCGUGUGUGCGCGUCAUCAACCUGUACGGUCUGCAUCAUCAGGGCAUCUUCCGCGUGUCCGGCUCGCAGGUGGAGAUCAACAACUUCCGCGACAGCUUCGAGCGCGGCGAGGACCCGCUGGCGGACGUGUCGGACGCCUCCGACAUCAACUCGGUGGCCGGCGUGCUGAAGCUGUACCUGCGCGAGCUGCGCGAGCCCUUUUUCCCGACCCAGUACUUCGACCAAUGCAUGGAGAUCGCCCAGCUGGGCAGCUCGGACGAUCAGACGGCGCGGCUGCGCGAGCUGGUGUCGGCCCUGCCGCGCGCCGUCCAGCUGGUCAUGCGCUACCUCUUCGCCUUCCUCAGCCACCUGUCCGAGUUCAGCGACGAGAACAUGAUGGAGCCCUACAACCUGGCCAUCUGCUUCGGCCCGACCCUGCUGCCCAUCCCCGAGAGCAAGGAUCAGGUGCAGUACCAGAACCUGGUCAACGAGCUGAUGAAGCACAUCAUCCUCUGCCACGACGGCAUCUUCGCGUGCGACGGCGGGCCCGUCUACGAGAAGUACAUCAGCAGGGGCCCGACCGAGGCGGAGGAGAUCGGAGAGGCGCCCUCGGAGACGGCCGCCCAGCUGGACGGCGCUGAGCUCGAGCCGCCCUCCGAGGACGAUCCAUUGAUAAAAGAAAGAGAGCUGAACAUAAGUUUGCAGAUAUUUGGCAAGGGCGAACAGCUGGAGGCGGUGGCGCAGUUCGACUUCUCGGCCCGCUCGCCGCGUGAGCUGAGCUUCCGCUGCGGCGACGUGUUGACGCUCUACAGGCAGGUGUCGUCCGACUGGUGGCGCGGCGCCUUCCGCGGUCAGGACGGCCUCGUGCCCGACAAGUACAUCAUGCUGCGCAUCAGGGACGAGGAGCGCACCAGCGGCUCCGAGUCGGGCAGCCAGCCGCGCGCGUCCGUCAGCAGCGAGCCGGCGCGGUCGGCCAGCCGCAGCGCCCGCUCCUCCACCUCCACCCUCUCCACCGCCUCCAGCUCCUCCGUGCUGGAGCACGCCGAGGUACUGGAGACCUCUGUUUGACUCCGCUCGAGCCGGCCGAGACCGCAUGAGUCGUCCCAUGGCUAGCCUCUGGGCGCGCUAUUGACGGCUCUGGAGGGAUCUCCCAGGAAGCGGACGUUGUGUACAUAUUCAUGCCGCUUUGCCUGCCGACGCUUUUGGGGCUUUCCGUUGGCUACUAACGCCAAAACUGAUGCGGGUUAUGCUUGGUCCGUGUGGCGCCAGCAAGGGGCGGUGUGCAAGACGACGACUUUACGGUAAAGCUUUAACAUUUCAUUUGCGAUGUGUUAACGAUACAUCGCAAGGACAGCGCUAAGCGAACGACUUGAGGAUGUGCUUCUCGCAGUUGUCAGACUCGGGACGUUCAGUCGGUAUUCCCAGCCUAUCUUUAGCAUACUGCAGGCAUGGUAACUUCAAGAAAAAUUGGCUAAAUGCUCUGGAAGUGGAAUCCUUGCUAAGUAAAACUUGCGGCGAAAACACCACCGCAGAUGGGCGAACACAGUUCAGCGAGCGAUAUUUCCAAAAGAUUUUGUGUUUCUCCACACAGGAGCAAGGUUGCCCCCUUUUUUAGUAGCGUGUCUUGGUCGAUUGGCAGUUAGCCGCCGUAGACACGGUACGGUUUCUGUAACGCGAACACGUGUGUGCCACAUCUCGACCAGUGCCUCGGACGUUCGCUGAGUUGGGCUAGAGGGUCGGCGCUGGGAAACUACAGAAACAGUGAAUACAGCAACUGGCACUUUAAAAGUGUUGAGCGAUUUUGUGGGCCUUGGGCCAUUCAGGUGAUAGCAAAGCUAUCCCAGCUUUUUCGUUGUCGAUUUUUCGGUUUAAGUCAUAUGAGAUGUAGUAACCCGGCUAUUUUCUAGAUAAUGGGUGGAGAGGAUCAAUCAGCCCCUAGAUGGUCACGUUUCCCCAAAUGUCACAAGCGUUUAUUGAAGCUUUGCUCUCAAGUGAUAGCACGUUUUUUCAAGAAGCUGGCAGCAUGUUUAACGGUGGCCUUAACGCGGUGUGCGCUAAUGGCGCGAAUAACUGGCGGGCAUUGCAAUACAUGUUAUGUUUGGGCGGGUUUGCGGGACCGUGGCUGUGACUAAUGUGUGGCUAACUGCGCUGUGCGCCUGGCCGGUGUCGGGCAUCGCACUUGCCGUACGUUAUGCCCCGCUGGGCUGCAUUCACUUGCCAAGCUGUGUGCCUGUAUGAUACUCUGGCGAGCUGGAGCCGCGGCUGGCCAGUGGUGUCGGUUCCUGUGUGCCUGCGGUCUGCGGUUGCCGAGUCUCGCUGUCGAUGUGUGUCCACGUCAGGCUGUGUUCACCUCUGGUGUCCGGUACUAACCGCCGGUGGCGGCUGCUAUGCGCUGUCCGCGGUGGCGGCGCUUGACCCCCCUGUGACCCGAUCGUAGGAACGCUGGCUGCCGGACCGGAGCGCCACGCUGCCCCGCGGAGGCGCGCCCACCCCCGCACCGCGCGCCGCCUCCC